CUAUUUUCUGUCCUACUUGCCAUCUCAGAGUCUAUGAAGCUCUGGGGGCUAGACUACAUAAAAGCAGUCAUCUAUAUUUGUGCUAGCUCCAGGUAGAGAAGGCACCUGCAAGGAAUCCCUCAAAGUCAAGCUGAGAGAGGAAACUAUUUCCAACUCCCAAAAGAGAUGAAUGAGGUUUUGGAGGAAAGCCUGGCGCAAAACUUUCCAAAGGUGGAUUCCUUAGGGGUGGAGGGACUUCAGGAUGGACAGCUGGCCAGGCUUUGGGGCUCAAAGAAGUGUUCAGUGAUGUCAAGACAAGACUUACAGACGUUAAGCUGCAUUGAUGGCUGUUCCGUGACUGAUGUGCGUGCUCUUUGUUAA